UUUGUUCCAUAUUAAAUACCUAAUUUUUUUUAUUCUUCAGUCUCUUUGUUCUCUGUCGCCGCUACCCAUCACUUCUAAAACCCUUAAGCUAUUUCCCGCCUCACCGGCCACCGCUGCCGUUGCUCCUCACCUGCGCCUUCAUAAGUCAACGUCUUUUAUUGGGAAGAUGAUGGCGGAAGAGGAAGGACAGUCAUUGCCGUACGUAUCAGAGAUAGUAUUGAAGAAAAGGAAAAUAAGAGAUGAGUUAGCGAUUACGAGGAGGACCCAGUUGGAGUUGGGUAAAUACGGAGCCAAGAAGAGCAAGAAGCAAUCCGAUGUUUCUGACAUCAAAAGACCUGAACAAUUAAUUAAAGAGUUCAGAGACAAGGAAUUGGACCUGAUCAGAACGAAACAAAGGGCAAAGAGGCCAAAAUCAAUGAUACCAACGAUAAAAUCAAAGUUGCUUUUCAUUAUCCGUAUACAAGGCAAAAAUGACAUGCAUCCAAAAACUAGAAAGAUCCUAUACAACCUGAGAUUGAGGAAAGUUUUCAGUGGAGUUUUUGUGAAGGCCACUGAGGGUGUCAUAGACAUGCUGCAGAAGGUGGAGCCGUAUGUUACUUAUGGAUACCCUAACCUUAAGAAUGUGAAGGAGCUGGUUUACAAGAAGGGUUAUGCAAGGAUUGACAAGAAAGCAGUUCCUCUGACCGAUAAUAACAUCAUUGAACAGACAUUGGGAAAGUAUGGCAUCAUAUGCAUAGAAGAUAUCAUACAUGAAAUUGCAAAUGUUGGUCAACAUUUCAAGGAGGUUGUUCUUUUUAUGGGACCCUUAAUGCUAAGCAAGCCAGAAGAUGGAUUACUCCGGGGAAAGAAACAGCCGUAUAGAGAAGGGGGAGAUGCCGGAAAUCGUGAAGAUGAAAUCAACGACCUAAUCAGCAAAAUGAAUUAAAUAUCCAAUAUCCUAGUUCCUUGUACCUUUCCGUCACCUGUAUGGGAUGUAAUCCAGUUUUGAAGUUGAACAAAUUUGCCUUGCUUUAUCAUUAUAGAUCAAUACUAAUUUACCGUUUCUUA